AUUUGUAAUGGAUUACGACCAAAUAUAAGUGAAAAUACAAACCCAUCUUAUUCAGUUCUCAUGACAAAAUGCUGGGACAAUGAUCCGAACAAACGACCAUCAGCUUCAAAAAUUUGUAAGAUUCUCGCCAACAAUUUUGUGAUUGAUAACCAAGAGAAUAAAACCUCGUCCUCAAGUCGACAAAAUAGCAUCCAAAAUGCAAAAGUUGGCCAUAAUAGUUUAAGUUCAAUGUCGGCUAAUGAUUCCGAAUCAUCACAAGAUACGAAUUUGUCAAGUUUUACUAGUUUAUAUUGUGAAGAAAAAAUUAUUACAGAUAUUGUUGAAGGCUGGUAUAAGACUGCUAUCAAAGAUUAUAAAUUGAAGGAAAUUCAUUUUGAUGAAUUUGGAAAAACGGAUUAUAUAGGAAAUGGUGCAUAUGGUGCGGUUUACCGAUCGACUUAUGGCUUAACAGGAGAAAAGAUUGCAAUGAAAGAAUUGUUUAUUACAUCAGAUGAUAAUGAAAUAAUCAAAAUCUUUAUUAAUGAACUAAAACUACAUAGCCUAGCUAUUCAUCCACGAAUAAUUCAAUUUCAUGGAAUAAGUUGUGAUCAGGACAAUGAAACGUACUAUCUUGUGAUGGAAUAUGCUGAAGGUGGAACAUUACGACAAUUUGUGAGAAGGGAAGAAAGUACACUUUUUCUUCAAAUUGCUUUUGAUGGUUUACGUGAAGAACCCAUAAAUACAGUGCCUGAUAGAUACAUCAAAUUAUAUUCAGAAUGUUGGCAAGAAGAUCCUUCAAAUAGACCUACUAUGUUACAAAUCUUUCAAACGUUGAAAUCUAUAGACUGGUGGUAUCUAACUCUUAUUAAUGACUGUAGAGUGAAAGAAAUUUGCUAUAAUGAUUUUGGAAAAAAGAAAAAGAUAGGUAUAGGUGCAUUUGGAAUGGUUUAUAAGACAACUUGUAGUUCAAUAGAAGAAGAAAUAAUUGUACUGAAGGAUGUACAUAUUACAUCAAAUGAUGACGAGGAAAAUAUUAAAAUAUUUAUUAAUGAGAUAAAGCUACAUAGUCAAGCUACUCAUUCACGAGUUAUUCAAUUAUAUGGAAUAAGCAGAGAUCAAAAUAGUGAGUCACACUGUCUUGUAAUGGAAUUUGCUAAGGAUGGAACAUUACAAAAAUAUAUACAAAAUACUAUCUUAAACUGGAAAGAAAAAAUUCGAAUAGCAACACAAAUUGUAGAAGGGAUUCUUGAAAAAUUAGAUUCAUUGAAAUAUGAACCAGUUUAUAAUGAAACUGAUACUUUAUAA